UUGUUUUAAAGUUGUCCACUCCCUCUUGCCACGGUUAUAUGAAGACAACUCAUCUCAGGAUGUGCUUUUAUUUAAAUGCAGCCGGUCGUCGAUUAAUCUGAAGAUGUGUCUCCUAAUUUAUGCGAUAUUGAUGAUCAGACAAGGAUGUUGCACAGGUGAUUAUGUAUUUGGGACAAAGACCGUUUCUGUUGGACAAAAUGUGACCUUGACGUGCCCUCGUGAGACGACUAGUCUGCAGCAAGAAUCUUUGUAUUGGAUGAGAAUUGUUUCUGGAAACCAGCCUGAAGUCUUGGGAGCAACAUACGUCUUUGAUGCUUCUGACAGCAUUAGUAAAACUCCUGACGUCACUGCAAAACAAGAGAGUCAAACUUUUAUUCUACAUAUAAAUGAAACUAAACUGAGAGAUACCGGUCUUUACUUUUGUAUUAAAGUCCAUUCCUUGAACAUGAUGAUUUUGAAGGGAGAAUUUCUGAGGAUUAAAGGACCAGAACCAGAUACAACUGCUGUCACUCAAGUGUUUCCAUCUGAUCCAGUUCAUCCAGGAGAACAAAUAACUCUGGAUUGUUCAGUCUUUUCUGACUCUGAGAAGAAAACAUGUCCAUCAAAUGUGUACUGGUUCAGAGCUGGAUCAGAAGAGUCUCAUCCUAGUUUGAUUUAUGCUCAUAAAAACAGUUCUGGUGACUGUAACAGUAGUCCUGAGACUCGCUCUGCUCAGAAAUGUGACUACAGCUUCUCCAAGACCGUCAGCUCCACUGAUGCUGGGACUUACUACUGUGCUGUGGCCUCAUGUGGACAGAUAUUAUUUGGAAACGGAGCUAAACUGGAAAUCAAAGCCUCAGACAUGUGGGAUUUACAAACGGCCAAUGUGAUUCUCUGUCUGCUUUGUGCUGCUUUGACAACAAGUCUUGUUGUAAUAACUUUCCUCGUUUACACCCUCAAGAAGAAAAGCUGCAGUUGUUUCAAUGGUAACUAAAGUUAUAUACAUCAAUCUACAAGUUAGUUACUUUCAAGUACUAACACUGGAUUUAAAUUGUUGACACUAAAAUCAUCUGUUACUGAAAAUAGAUGCUGCAACGACCUGUGGUGAUCGGCAAAUUCAAGAGGUAAAGAUCAUCAGAGAUUUAAGAAAACAUGUUUCAGAUAACAACGCUGCUGCUCAUAACAUUCUUUCUUAAAUUGAAUCACUGUUUUUCCUCAGAGGAACGAGGACUCCUUGGUUUAUUCAGAAACGGCCUUCUCCAAGCGGAAAGCUGGCAGAGCCGAGAGAAGACAUGUACAAAGACCGCAGGAGAUAAUCUACAGCGAUGUUAGAGUUUAAUAUAUUCAUUUAUUUUUCUUGUGACAAAGUGUGAAAAAAAGUGUUUGAGCACGACUGAGGCUUGUCUGUCUCACCUCUGGAAGUUACAGCUUUACGGCAUUCAAGCUACUGAAUGCAUGACGUUAAAAGUAUACUAUAUUGUGGUACUUUUUUAAUUUCUAUUUUUAAAAUUGUUUUAUAUAUGAAAAAGGUGAUCGCAGAAAUAUUUAAAUUCAUUGCUUUUAGUCUUUCAAAGCCUUUUAGAGCUGCGAUUAAUUUAUUGUGUUAGCAACAUUUAGUUUAGUGCUUUUCAGAAUUAGUUUAUUUUUGAGUGUAUUUAGUCCUACAGGUUUUAUCUUCUGUGUACUAAGUCAAUUUGCAACGGUUAUACUGUAAAAUUUUGUACGUGUUCUAUUUCUUCCUGUGAAUGACUGAUAUGUAUAAAUAAAAGCCAAAUGUACAAUG